AAAAGUCAGUCUAUUUCGUAACCGUUAAACGGACGGACGGCAUUAUUUUAGCGUCGCAUGUUUUCAUAAACAACCAAAAAGUCAGAUUUUUCUUUUCAAAAAUAAAAAAAAUAAAAAAAUCCUGUGGUUACCACAGAAAUAAUAAAAAAAAAUCUGUGGAAAGUUACUUUAGACAAAAGUUACUUAACUUGUGACUUUGUCUUCUUUUUUGUUUCAAAGUCGUCGUCGUCGGUGAAGUUUUAAGAAUAGUGGGUGCGUAGGUAUCCUUACGCCCGAACCGUUUUUUUUUUUUUUUGGUUUCUGAGAAAAAUCAAAAAGUUUCAAAAAGAAUUUCUUCUGUAAAAUCCACAAAAGUAAGAGAAGAAGAAACAAAAAAAAAACAUCUUGUCACAAGCUGCCACCGAUAUACAACAACAACAAAUUACGAAAAAAAUAAAAAAUAGAAAGAAAAUAAAAUUUAGUGCUGAUCCUUGUGAAUAGCUGAAAUAUUUAUUUCAUCCUGUUUGUCCUUGGAAUUGUUUCGAUAUUUUUUUUUUCUCUUUCUCAUCAUCGAGUAUUUUUUGUUGUUGUUCCUGUGUAAGGUCCUUUUGUUGGCCAAAAAAAAAAAGAAAGCAAUAAUUGCAUACCUUUGGGAAAAAUUUAACAAAACCAUCCCACAAAACCCACUCUUACCUUAUAUCCUGCCUGCCUGCCUGGCCUGAUAUCCUGCUUAUAGUACAACAAAAUCUGUGUCACAAAUUUUUUCGUCGUCCUUUAGAGUCCUUGUCGACGUUGUCGUUAUUCGUAUAGUCGAAGUAUUCAUUGUCGUCGUCGUUCAUAAGGUCUUCGUAUGGUAUAGUCAUAGUGGCUUCGUCGUAAAAAGUCACUUUUUCGUUUUUGUGCUGCUACUCCGGUAGUCGGGAGUGUUGGUUCCGUGUCCUUAAUAUAUAUAUAUAUAUAUUUUUUUUUCGACCAAAAAGGAUAUAUACACAAGCUGUGAGAAAGAAAGUAAGCUGGCAUUUUAUGUGGUUUAACUUAGUCCAGCAUAAUAAUUUUUCUUCUUCGGUUUCGGGUUAGUUACGCGGACGUUUUUGGCUGGCAGGACAAGUAGUGGCAGUGUACAUAAUACACCUGUGUAAAAAUAUGUCCUUUUAUAUGCCAACACAACGCCCACGUACAUGUGUGUGAAUAAGCCUUGGAAUUUUGCGUGUUGUUUAUUACCUAAAUAGAACCAAUCCCUUUGGUAUAAAGAUCUCAUGAAUUAAUUCAAGGUCCUAACUAACGAAGGUUUGAUUUUCUUGUGUGUUGGUAUAGUUAGCAGUUGUUGAUAGAGAGCAAAAAGGUCCUUUGAAAAAAAAAAAAAUUAUUAUCAAAGUACAAAUUUUUUCGUGAUGGGCAUGAAAAAGGCUUGAACUAGAACAGCGCGUUCUGUUUCUAUAAUAAAGAGAGAAUAUGCUAAUUCCCAUGUGUGUCCUUUCUUGGAAAACCGUGUGAAGGUCGGGUUACGUUACGAUAGAAAGUUGAAUUUCAAGAAAAAAAAAAGGAUGCAUGCAUCUUAACCUGCAUUUGAUGUUCAAGGAUUUAAACUAAAAAUAAAAAAGGACGAACAAAAAAAAAAAAAAAAACGGAUCAAAGUGUGUGUGUAUCACAUUUAGCUAUUGAACCAAGUCAGCAGGAGAAAGAGCAAAGUUAGUGAAUAAGGUGGGUACAUUUAUCCAUUGGACUGCUUGCGUUUUAAUUAUAAUCCCGCUUAUGAAAUUUGAGAAUAUGAAUCAACAUCGUAAAGGCUCAAAAGCAGAACAAAUUGUAUACAAAUUACAUCAGCAAAACUCUCUGUAAUCCUCUUCCUCUGUGAGAGUUAUAUUCUUUUUGAUUGAUAUGAUCUACGUCUUCGUCCCUGUCUUCGUUGUCCUUGUAACGUCAUCGUAGAAAAAAAAAAGACAAAAAAACAUCUACAAACGAAACAAGUGAAAAUCUGUUAACUUUCAAAUUGAAGGACUUUUAUUCUUCUUUGUUCUACUGUGUGUAAGUUUAAAUGUGAAUGUGUGUGUAUUCAAAAGAAACAUAGGGAAAACUUUGGGUUACUUUAAAAACAAUAACAUCUUCAAUACCAUAUUUUUUCUUGACUAAAGCUAAAAAUAAAACGAAACAAAAAAAAAAAAAAAAUAUAACGGAAACACUUUCAUAAUUUCAACUUUAUGGCAUAAGAAAUUAGAAAACUUCAAAGCGUAACGGAGAAAACAAUAAAAAACCAAAAAAUAUGUUCACACUAAGAAAUAUCCUAAAAUGUUCUUCAAAAAGUUUGUAAGCUGAAGCAAGAAGUUAACGUAGAGGAAUAAUAUCCAUCCCUUCCGAAAGGCAAACAUUUAAAUUCCAAUCAUGAAUGUCGGUGAAUGAUUUACUCGAGCGCAACGAACUACGCGAGUUUUGUGUAUUUGAAAAUUCUUAUUCAAUUUUUGCUUAAGUUCUCUAUCCAUCCAACACAACCCCCUACAUCUAUUAUAAAAUGGAAAAUGUUUCUUUGUGUUAAUUUUUCACAGUUUUUUUUUCAUCCUUAACCAAACUUUAAAUAACUUGGAGGAAAAAAAUUAUUCAAAACCGAGUCACACCUCCAUGAUUCUGGUAAAGAAAUAAAUAAGCAUUUAAAAUUUUUUUACCACUGGAGGGCGCUGUAUACAUAAAUACAUAUUUUUUUAAUGAAAAUAAUAACUUCUACUUACACCAACAAAGUCAAGAAAAUAUAAAUAAAACCCUAAUAAAUAAAAUAACCAAACAAAACCCAGCCACCAUCAACCAAAAAGAAACAAAAAUAUUACACAUACGCCUAGGUGGCCCACACAUAACCCCUGCGGGGACAUUUUCUUAAAUUGUGAUUUGGAAGAAGUUUUUUUUCUUCUUUGUCAUAAGUGGAAAUGAAAUCGAAAAAUGUAUUCACAUUCUGUUGCUAUUAUAUUGAAUGGUUCAUACCACAUGUGGCACAAAGCAUAGAGAAAGAAGCAACAACCAAAAACAACAACAAAAACUGAUCGGAGUGUCACAUCAACGCACAAAUGAAAUGAAACCAGAAGGGCGGAAAUGUAUUUCUUUUUUUAAAAAAUAAAAAAAAAUCACCAAAAUUCUAAAUAACUUCAAUGAAUGGUGAAAAAGUCAAAAGAGCUGGUAUCUACUAAAAAAAAAAAAGAAACAUAAAACCCAAAAGCGAAAAAAAAGAAAGUAUCGAACUAAAUCGUUCGUUUGAGGCGGAAAUUCUAAAUGCAUAACACGUAAUCAAAACGAUAGAGGCAACGACUAAAAGGGUUCUUUUUUUUACUCUUUUUCCAAAAAAAUAUAAUUCAAAAAAACACUCAAAAAAUAUAUUUAUAAAUAUAACAACAACAACCAAAAAAUAAAAAAAAAUAUAUAUACAAAAAUGCGAACCUCUAUCCGGGUAACGUCGACUGCGACGACGAGAACGUCUUUGUCUUCAUAUUCAUCGUCGUCCUUGAGAACAGUGGGGAGUAAUUUUAUAUCAAAAUCAGUAAAUCUUUUGUACACGGGAUUUCUACUUAUGCUCUUACUUAUGGAAAAUACGCACGCCAGAAUUGGAUAUUUCUGGCACAUAACAGAUCUGCAUUUGGAUACCAUUUACUCAACACAAGGAGACGUACUUCGAAGUUGUUGGCGAAUGGACCGACAAACGAGUUCAUCGGGUCGAACACCGGGUCGUUUUGGUGAUUACCUUUGCGAUAGCCCAUGGAGCCUAAUCGAGUCAGCGGCUCGUGCAAUGAAAUCAAGACAAGGUGACAACGUUGAAUUCGUUCUGUGGACGGGUGAUGGCUUAUCACAUUCAGCGCAUCCAAUGUUCGAAACAAAAAAACUGGAAAUCCUGCGAAAUAUAACCGAUUUACUGGGGCGAACAUUUCCAUCACAAUUUGUAUUUCCCGUUUUGGGCCAUGAGGAUGGCACAAAUACAAACUUUCGACGGAUGGGUGAACUCUGGAGACACUGGUUGCCAUCCGAGGCAUUGCAUACAUUUGAAAAAGGUGGCUACUAUUCAAUUGAACAAACAAAAAGUCGUCUAAGGAUAAUCGCCUUGAAUACAAAUUUCAUGCGACAUGACCCGAAAUACUCACAAAGCCACUUGGCUGCAGUUAGGCAAAGGCAGCCAAAUGGCGGUGGUAGCGGUGGCUCCAGCAAUGGUGGCAGCAUGGAUUCAACGGAAUACAAAAACUUUUACUAUCACCAUGGUGGAGUGCAUCAGCAUCAUUACCAUGGUGAUGGCAGCAGCGGUUAUGGUACAUCACAUCACCAUAUGUCCCGUGAUAGGGUGGGGAGUAAUAGUGGCAUUGGGGCUGUGGGUGGAAUGGUGGUGGAUGGUGGCGGACGUGUUAGUGCUCUAUCGGAAUACGAAAAUCAGGAUACGGAAAAACAAUGGAUUUGGUUGGAGGAUGUCCUUUCGAAAUCAAAGAAUAACAAGGAAACGGUCUAUAUUGUGGGACAUAUACCACCCGGAUCGGAUGAAAGACACGUUGGUAGCCAACAAAAUGGACAUACAACCUUCACCGAGAGCAACAACAUGCGAUAUUUGGAACUCAUUCGCAAGUAUUCAUCAAUUAUUCAGGGUCAGUUUUUUGGACAUUUGCAUUCGGACUCGUUUAGGAUUAUCUACGAUGAUAAAGGAAAGCCAGUGUCAUGGAUGAUGAUUUCACCAUCUGUUACACCAAGGAAAAUGAGCGUCGGAUCCAAUAAUCCAGCAAUGCGGUUAUACAAGUUCGAUACGGAUUCAGGCCAGGUCCUGGAUUAUACACAAUAUUAUCUGGAUCUAGCUUUGGCAAAUACAUUGGGUGAACCCAAUUGGAUACCCGAAUACAAUUUGACACAUUACUAUGGAUUGAAUGAUAUAUCAGCAAUUUCAUUGCACAAUUUCGUAGAUCGAUUUACAAGCAAUGAUGGAUCAUGGUUUCCAAAAUAUUACAGAGCAAAUACAGUACGCUAUCAAACAGAUCCUUGUGAGGGUAUUUGCAUGUUAAAUCACUAUUGCGCAAUAACUCGUGUUGAUUACAAGGAAUUUCGACAAUGCCUGGAGAAGGAACAAAGCGCAUUACGUUCCCAUUCGCCUGCCAUGCAAUCGUGUUCAUUGUUAAUACUACUGCUCUCUGUGGCCCUAUCCUGCAAUGCUGCAAUGCAAAUUCUACCAAAGCGCAUCCAUCAUUGGCUGCAUACAUCGUCUGUUGGCAUUGUUUUGGCAUUGCGUAAAAUUUUAUUUCGGAUACUUCCUGGAUUACAAAGACCUAGUCAAUAUCGUCACUAUUCAUUAAAAAUGGCGCCCAACGCAAAGACUUCCAUACUAUCGUCGAUGUCGUCAUCAUUGUUGUUGUCAUCAUCAUCAUCGUCAGCGUCAUUGUCAUCAUGCAAAGAGAAGGACUCACUCCAAUUUCAGAUGAUUCAAAUGAAUGGCGAAGGUGAUAGUGGACAUCAUAUGUUUAAAUUGAUUGGUGGUUACUCCUGUGUAAGCACAAAAACCGUCAACACUCGUGGCUUUUGUAGUGCCCAACUCAGCAGGGAAUUCAAGUCGACGUUGAACAAUAAUAAUAACAACAACAGCAACAACAACAACAAGGACGACACCAACAACGACGACGACGGUCAAAACCGCAUUCUAACUAAACCAACGCCAUCAACAGCAGUCAUACGAUGGCUUCAAUGUGGAAUCACCUGUGUGUGGUACUUCUGGUCUUCGUCGUUCAUGAUGCUGCUUUUAUCAGCAGUUCGGGACGAUGCAAUGCGAAUGCACAAACAAUGCGUUUUCAAUUGCCAAAAAUUGUAUUUAACUUUAGUGGAAUUAGUUAGAUGUAAUUGCAUUGAAAUUUACUUAGGUACAGUAGUUAAGUGUUGUAGUCAAUCGAUGUCGGUGUGCUUGCGGCUUAUGUACUCUAACCUAAACUUGGCCUGUGAAAUUGCACAACAAAAGGUAACGGCAACAGUGUUGUCAUUAGUUUAAGAUUGGGAACCAAUAUUAUGAUGAUUAUUAUUAUUAAAAUUAAGUUUAGAUUAAAGUGAAUUUUUUCUUACUUUUUUGUUAAAUAUUGUUAAUUUUUUUUUUUUUAUUGAACAUUCCAUUUGUUAGAAAACUAAGGCCUAUCGAAAAUAAUGUAGUAGAUUAAGAAUUGUAUGAGUGCUUUUAUGAAAUGUACACUCGAUCAAUAUUUAUUAACAGUUCACACGACAAAUGAAUUCAAAUAAAUGUGACGAAAUAUUGAAGUCAAUUCUUCAAAAAAAUUUUUUAAAAAACCAUCAGUAUGUAUUAUUUAUUGAAAGACUUACUAAGAGAAUAUUGUCAAUAAAUAUUGAUCGUUUGUUUAAUUUUGAGAAAUUAAAACGAAAUGAAAGCAAAAGAGAGUAUCUGUGUUAUACAACAUUUAGUGCGCAGUUGUGGGAAUAACAAAUCAUGAUUAUAACUGUAACAAAACAAAUAUAUGCAUAUACAAACAUCUAGUACAAUUUUAUUUAAAUUAAAUUUUGUAAGACUUUAAUUGUAUAAUAUUAACGGGGUUAAGAUGAUUUCUGUUGGACUUUUUUUAACAGACUUCAAAAGUU